AUGAACAUUCCGAACUCCAUAGACGUAAUCCAAGAAUGGAGAACGAAAGGAAUUAGACCGGGUUCUCCUCCAACCGGCAGCGUUCGUCGGCCUCCUGACGAGCUCGGCGGGCUAUCGCAGAGGCGAGCCCAGCCGCAUGAGCAUGCGCUGACCGCUCAGCGUGUCGGGGAGCCAUCAGCUGCCGGCGCAACUGAAAAAGCUCCUCGCGGCGCGAGCCAGCCAGUGCACCAAUUCGGGCCCAAAUCUCCACCCGUAACAGGUGGAGCUGGCGUAGCUCGGGGGAGUCAGGCUCCUAAUACACCGUCAGUUGAGCCACAACCAAUAAAAAUUUCAAACUUGAUCGAGAGAUGA